AUGUCUCAAAAUGAUUUUAAAGAUUUUUCUGCAAUAGAGCAAGAUAUUACAAUAAAAAAUCUAAAAAUAACACAAGCAAUGUGGUUGAAAUUGACAGCUGAUGCUCCUAAUCAUGUAAAUAUUCGUGAAAGUCACAAUACACUGAGACCAUGGACAUUCCAUCAAAUACGUAAAAACGACUUUAAAGAUAAUACUUUAUCUAUUAAAGAUUUACCACUAGUCUACGAAUCCCCAGUGGCCUUAACAAAAGAAAAGAAAAAAGAUCUUUUAGACAUGUGCAAGUAUAUGCCUCAACAAUACAGUGACUUCUAUACUUCAUUACCAGGAUAA